CACCCACUGUCACACCGUAGCUUCACCUGGAGCCGUUUCGAGGCGCAAACACCUCCCUUUAUUCUCCCGCCCUGGAUACCAGCGCCGAAUUGGAGAAAAUGCUAUUUUGGCAUUCUCAGCCCGAGACUUACCACUCUCAAGCGAAUUAUAUUAGAGAUGCUCUUGCGCCUUUCCUGAAAAACGAAGAAGUGCGGCAGGCAACGGAGAAUGAUGCCACUAACAUGUCACCUUUUCAGUAUGUUCUCUGUGCGGCAACUUCUCCAGCGGUAAAGCACCAAGAAGAAACUCUCACCUAUCUCAACCAAGGUCAGUCCUACGAAAUCCGUAUGCUUAACAGAAAACUAGUGGAGUAUACAGAUUUAAGCAGCAAAUGUGUAAAGAGUGUGGUGCGCGUGGUGUUCCACGAUCGGCGUUUGCAGUACACGGAACACCAACACCUGGAAGGGUGGAGGUGGAACCGGCCGGGAGACAGAAUCCUUGACAUUGACAUCCCUCUCUCUGUGGGCAUCAUUGAGCCUCGUGCACACCCUCUGCAGCUCAACACCAUUGAGUUCCUCUGGGAUCCUCUCAAGAAUGCCUCUGUGUUCAUUCAGGUCAACUGCAUCAGUACUGAGUUCACAGCCAGGAAGCAUGGCGGGGAGAAAGGGGUCCCCUUCCGCAUCCAGAUCGACACGUUCAGCUCCAGCGAACACGGGGAGUACACUGAGCAUGUGCACUCCUCCAGCUGUCAGGUCAAGGUCUUCAAGCCUAAAGGAGCAGAUCGCAAGCUGAAGACAGACCGUGAGAAAAUUGAGAAGAAGACCCUCCAGGACAAAGAGAAAUAUCAGCCCUCGUUUGAAACUACCUUGCUUACAGAUUGUUGCCCCUGGCCAGAUACUCCGAGUGUGAAUAGCACCAGCAGCACUCCCUCUCCUGUCUAUCACAGCUCCCCGACCUCCUUCAGCUUCCCAGAAGGAAACUGCUCUCCAGGCCAACAGGGGGAGGUGUUCCUGCCCGGUUGCUCUGACAGCCUGCUGCCCGCGUCCUCCCCCCAGGACACCCAGCAGUGGCUGCAGCGCCACCGCUUCGCCCCUUUCUGCCGCCUCUUCUCCAGCUUCUCAGGUGCAGAUUUGCUGAAGUUGAGUAGAGAUGAUUUUAUUCAGAUCUGUGGUCCAGCUGAUGGGAUUCGACUGUUCAACGCUAUAAAAGGAAGGUGUGUCCAGCCGCGUCUCACAAUCUACGUGUCUCAGCAACAGGGACACAAUCAGCAGACGCCCAAACCAGGAGGAGGGGAAGUGUACCACGCUCUCUUCCUGGAGGAACUGACAGUGGUGGAGCUGAUGGAGAAGAUCGCUGCCCUGUUUAGCGUGCCCUUUAGGCAGCUGCGCCACGCCUACAAACAAGGCCCCUCGGGCAUCCACGUGCUGGUCACUGAUGAGAUGGUGCAAAAUUUCUCUCAGGAGGCCAGCUUCGUCAUCAGCACCUUUAAAGAUGAAGGUAAUGAUGGCUACCAUGUUGUUCUGAAGUGACCAGAUCGGCAGCUACUGUAGAGGAGGGAUGUCAGGUUAUUAUCUGCCAAAAGUGUCUAAUGAUCUGGAAAGGUGCCAAUGCACUCAGAUAUAUUUAUACAAUUGUUAGUUUACAGAAGGGUUGUUUUUUUUUGUAAAGUUAUAUGAAAGAAAGUUGUUUUUCAAUUUCCUUUUUUUAUAUUAACUUAUUGAUUGAUUUGUUUCUCUUGAUGGAAUAUGUAAUUUGCUUAUUUGCUUAUUAAAAUAAGCACAUGUAAUGUGUUGCGUGGUGUUGCGCAAGAAAAUGGUCAGUCUUAAAUGAAAUGAGUAUGUAUUGCUUUCUUAACUUUUUAUGUAACACAUCAUAUAGCUUUUAGCUUGAGAAAAAUGUUUGGAAAAUGCACAAAAACAUACAAUUGCAAGGGUGGGUCAAAACGUGACUGCACUAGUGCCUUCUAAUGGUUGCUAAUGUGGCUGCAGUAACACCAGUGCAUGACAACUUCACAGCACAGCUGUUGCAAGUCAGCUUUUUUUCAAUUGCUGAGGUAAAUUGUAAAUAUAAUA